AUGCGCCUCUUUCGCGGAAACCAAACCGUUGAUUGCUGGUAUUGUCAUCUUUAUGGCUGUUUUUCUGGACUCUUGGCCUGCCUGCUGAAGAGCUAUGCAAGAAAGCACCGGGUUACCUUUUAUCCGGAAGCCAGAUUCUCUGACAAAACUGUCAAACCGACAUUGCGGGAAUACCUUUGGAUGCCGGACUGGAAAGUCGCUUCUUAUGCGGGUAUUGACGCUGUCGCCUAUUUGCACUCCGUUGUUUACUGCGUCCUCCAAUUGCUGACCUUUUUACCUUUCCUCUUCUUUGGAGUGCCGUUCUAUUAUCGUGGAGGAGAUACCGCCUCCACUUUCGACAGAUUUACGAUAUCGAACCUGCACCUACUUGACACCACACCGGUUUCACCUAUACACCUGUGUACGCUGAUACGUUGUGAAUACCAGUACCUAGCUUGGGAAGAGUGGCGACCGAGCCACAUGUGCGUAUUUGAUCUGCACUGA